AUGCAGUUCAUUCCUUUCUAUAUUUUUGCUAUUAUUUGUGGCUAUUAUUCAUUGGUAAUUUCAGCUCCUAUUAAUCAAAAUGCUCAAGAAACAAAACAUCAAAAAGCAACAGCUAUUGCAAGUCGUCUUUUAAAAGAAUUAGCCAAUGAGGAACUUACAAAUCAAUAUUCAAAAGAAGAUCUACAACAAAUUGAAUCAUAUCUUGACAAAGAAUUAAACAAUAAUGAAGAAUAUACUGAAUAUAUACCAACAAUCGAUGAUUUAUAUUCAAUUUAUGAUAAUAUAAACGACGAAGAACUUUCAUCAGAAAUAAAUGACAGUGAUGACAUUCUUUCAAUAGAUGACCAAGAAUUAAUGAAUUAUUUAAAAAAACAACAACAACUUGACAAAGAUUUAUCACCAGUGAAACAAACGGCAAUAAUCGAUGAUAGUAUUAUGAAAGCAGAAAAUCAUUAA